UGUACUCCAGCCUGGGUGACAGAGCGAGACUCCAUCUCAAAAAAAAAAAAAAAAAUUACUUUUGGCAAAGAAAUGCAGUUUUAGGUUUUUACACAUACAUACAUGCAGCAAUUUGUAGCAAGCACAGUGCCUCCAUAUGGACAAAAGAGCUAAAUAUUAAGUUAGAAUGAAGCUCCGUGUGACUUUCAGCUGUUACAGAGUCAACCAUGUGGAGGUAGUCUUCUGAGCUAAGGGUCCAAGCGAGUCCUGGUAGCGUAGCUUGGUGGUGAGUGGAGUCAGAGUGGGCUCUGGAGUCAGACCGCCUGGGUUUGAAUCCUGGCUGUGGCAGUCAGCUGUAUGACGGCUUAACCUUUCCAGGCUUUAGUUUUGUCAUCCGUAAGUCAGGGAUAUUAGUACCUAUGUUUUUGUGUUGCUGUAAAGAUCAAGGGGUUGGUAUGUGUAAAUGCAGAGGACGACAGUAUCUGUGCUCAGUAAAUGUCAGUUACUGUCACAACAUGAAGUGGUCAGUAAUUUUGCUGGACAAGAGUCUGAUUCCUGGGCUCAGUGAGGCAGUGUGAGGAGCACCCACCCAGGUCCUAACCAGGUGGCAUCACGUACAUACUCACUGUCAGGCUGUGAUUAAAGAGAAAAAGGAGCUUUCUUUGUAAGAAUAAAAACAACUUGCCAAGAAAGCCACUUGCCAAUGCUGGAAGCAUGAAGCGGCAUCAAGGAUCUGUGUGUUUCCUGGGGAAAACAGUGACAUUUGGGUUCUCUGUGCCUCUGGGUCAGAUCUUUGACAAGGUCAAGGGUCUGUUGUGUCAGCUGGGCACACAGCACGGCGCACACAUCCAGACUGUGAUUAGCUCAAGUUGCCAGUGGAGGCUUCAAGGAGGAGAUUGCUAGAGAAGAAGUGCAAUUAAGAACACCUACUGAGUACAUAUAUACACACUAGCGUAUAUUAGCCCAAGCAAAGAGAAGGUGUAUUAGGGGAAAAAGUUAUGGGAGCAACGCAGGAGGGCCAGGCCUGGUUUCAUAGGCUGGGGCUGUGGUUGGGGUUGACAGGAGGACUCAGGCAGUGGUACCAGGGAAAUCCCUGGUAGAGGAUGUGGCCUUGGUGUAUAAGCUAAUGACCAACAGGAGCACCAUGGCCAUUGCUAGCACCUGUGGUGCCAAUUGGAAAAAGGUGGUCUCCUCUGAGGACACCAGUGAGAAAAAGUCACCCUUUUUUGGGGGAGGACAGGGUUAGGCACAGCAUUGUACAGUGACACAUAGCUUGGGCAGCAGAACUUGGGCUGGAUUUCAACCCUCACUGGUGCCCUUUGGGCCAGUGAACAACCUGUGCAACUGUACAUGGUGGCCCUGGAGGCUACUGUGGCUCUUGAUCAUGAUAAGCCAAGAAGAGAACAGAUUUGGCAGUGUCAAGAGGUGUCUGAACCGGGCACAAUGGCACAUGCCUAUAGUCAUAGCUAUUCGGGAGGCUAUGGUGGGAGGACCGCUUGAGCCCAGGAGUUUGAGAUCAGCCCAGGCAACAUAAACCCUGUCUCAAAAAGAAAAAAGUUCCCCCCAUUUACAUGUAGUCCCCUAGAGAUGAGGGGACUGGGAUGCUCCUUGCCCGUGGCCACCCCAUGGCUGUGCCUCCUCACUAUCUGUGUUUUCCUCUCUGGCGGGGCGCGGGGCGGCCCCUAGGUGUCCAGCCACAUACAGGUUCUAGCUCGGAAGAAGGUGCGGGAGUACCAGGUUGGCAUCAAGGCCAUGAACCUGGACCAGGUCUCCAAGGACAAAGCCCUUCAGAGCAUGGCGUCCAUGUCCUCUGCCCAGAUCGUCUCUGCCAGCGUCCUGCAGAACAAGUUCAGCCCACCCUCCCCUCUGCCCCAGGCCGUCUUCUCCACUUCCUCGCGGUUCUGGAGCAGCCCCCCUCUCCUGGGACAGCAGCCUGGACCCUCUCAGGACAUCAAGCCCUUUGCACAGCCAGCCUACCCCAUCCAGCCGCCCCUGCCGCCGACGCUCAGCAGUUAUGAGCCCCUGGCCCCGCUCCCCUCAGCUGCUGCCUCUGUGCCUGUGUGGCAGGACCGUACCAUUGCCUCGUCCCGGCUGCGGCUCCUUGAGUAUUCAGCCUUCAUGGAGGUGCAGCGAGACCCUGACACGUACAGCAAACACCUGUUUGUGCACAUCGGCCAGACGAACCCCGCCUUCUCAGACCCACCCUUGGAGGCAGUAGACGUGCGCCAGAUCUAUGACAAAUUCCCCGAGAAAAAGGGGGGACUGAAGGAGCUCUAUGAGAAGGGGCCCCCUAAUGCCUUCUUCCUUGUCAAGUUCUGGGCCGACCUCAACAGCACCAUCCAGGAGGGCCCGGGAGCCUUCUAUGGGGUCAGCUCUCAGUACAGCUCUGCUGAUAGUAUGACCAUCAGCGUCUCCACCAAGGUGUGCUCCUUUGGCAAACAGGUGGUAGAGAAGGUGGAGACUGAGUACGCCAGGCUGGAGAACGGGCGCUUUGUGUACCGUAUCCACCGCUCGCCCAUGUGCGAGUACAUGAUCAACUUCAUUCACAAGCUGAAGCACCUGCCUGAGAAGUACAUGAUGAACAGCGUGCUGGAGAACUUCACCAUCCUGCAGGUGGUCACGAGCCGGGACUCCCAGGAGACCCUGCUUGUCAUUGCUUUUGUCUUCGAAGUCUCCACCAGCGAGCACGGGGCCCAGCACCACGUCUACAAGCUCGUCAAAGACUAGGGUGCUCUCUGCGCCUCCAUAAGGAUGCAGGGUGAGCAUCUCCUCUCCACACCUGCCUGGCACCCCUGGGGGGGUCCAGGAUUGAGGAUUCAUCUACCUGCCAGGCCUCAGGCCCAGGACCAGGAGGCCUCCCCACCUACCCCAGCACAUACACUCCCUGCCACUGUUCUGCGCUUUAAUUGUGGGAGAAGAGAGGAGAGGAGGGCUCAGCGGUGGGGCAGCCUGUCUGGGGCGCUGGCCCACCAUCACCCCGCUCUGCCAAACCUCGCGUGACCUCAGAGAGGUGGGGAUAGGGGACACCUUCAGCCUCCGGCAUGUGUGGCCACUGCCCCCUCACCCCCCGUUGGGGAAGCGUGAUGGGCAGGUGAGGGCAGGAUGGAGACCAAGGGAGUCAGUGAGUGGAGGCCCUGGGAAAGGAGAGUGUCCGGUUAGGGUUGGGCUGAGGACAGAGGGGACCAUACAUCUUUGCCCCUCUGUGUCCCAGGCCUGGUGCCCAGACUCCUUGCAUGGCUUAUGCAGUCCUCAGACUCUGCACAGCGAGUGUGGGUCUCUGGGUUUCAGAUGAAGUGCCCAGGCUCCAGGAAGUUGAGGGACCCACAAGAGAGGUGGGCAGAGCUGGAGUUCUCAUCCAGGGCUGCUUGUCCCCAGAGCCCAGGUUUACACUACCUCCCUGGGGCGGGGGCUGGCCGCAGGGUAGGGGAGAGGCUCUGCAGUGUGAGGGGUGGAGCCUCAU